AUGGUCAAGAAGAAGUCGAAUAAUAGAGUCCACAAGGGCGCUGCUCAGGGCCCUCAAAACUCGACUCAGGAGGCCGCUGGUAAUGUGGAUGGUCUUCGCAUCCAAUUCGCGCAGAUCUGGCACGACUACUUUGGCGCUGGCAAUCUGGAGGACUGGCAACGACUUUGCCACGACCUUGGGAUAACCGGGGAUUUGAGCAGCAAGAAUAAGUGCAAGAAGGCCAUGCAAGGGGUCUGGGUAAACAUCUGCGACUUCCUCACGACGCCAGACAAGACAGAGGUGGAGAGGUUUCCAAGCCAGGGGGCCUUGGCUCGCUAUACGAGGAAGACGCGGAAGAUCUACCCAAGAAAGAAGGUCAGCAAGGGGAGUCCAUUGCAACUGUUGAUGGCCCACGUCUUUUGAGUGGUGAAGACAUACCUGUCAAGUCACAAGAUACAAGGAGACCAAGUGUACGGAGUACGGAGUAAAGCAUCCACGCCCAACUACGCAUUGGAUAUCCAGUACGCAGUAAGGCGGCGUUCAGAUAGCAUAAUUUCGUUUAGGCAACCUGAUUGGACCAGCGCGCUUAAGUGAUCC